AUGACCCUCUGCGGCCGCUGUCUGCAGGUGGUGCGCAAGGAGCACCCGAUGAUACGGAUUUCCGGAGAGGAGCCUACGGUUGAUCAUCACAACACGUUCAGGGCCCUCAGGCAGUCGGCGAAAUCGUGCGAGCUCUGCAAGGCCAUUCUCGAAUCGGCCAGGCACGAUCGGCCCCUCGAGGAGGAGGCAGAUCUAGAGCGAGCAUUCCAGGGCCUCAAGCUGCGGGUAGAGGUGAACCACUACCUUUGCACUCCGUACCAGUCGAGCCCGCCAUCUGCCAACGAUAUAAGCGCCUGGGGCCUCCGAGCGUACUGGGUCCGCGAAGAGAUGUCGACGAGACUGAUCUUGCGCAAGGAGCUAGACGACACCAGAGAGAGACCCAUCUGGACCAGCUCCCGGCCGGCUGCCGUCGAGGCCCUGCUGCCGACCAUCCUGACCUGGCUGAAGGAGUGCGACGACACGCACACGUCAGCAUGCUCCCUCGAACGCGUGCCAGAGCUCCCCGUCCUGCCCACCCGCUGCAUCGACGUCGGGAAGGCCGAUGGCUCCGCCCAGCCGCGGCUUGCCAUCUCGGGUGGCUGUCACGGGCGUUACACAACCCUGAGUCACUGCUGGGGCAAAGGCCGGCUGCCGGCGAGGCUGACGACGAGUUCCGUCCUGCCUCUGUCUGACGCCAUCCACCUCGACACGCUGCCGAGGACUUACAGAGACGCCAUUAGCAUCACGCGGGCGCUCGGGAUCCGAUACAUCUGGAUAGACUCGCUCUGCAUCAUACAAGACGAUACCGACGACUGGGAGAGAGAGUCGGCGAAUAUGGCUUCCAUAUACCGGAACGCUUACCUGAACAUCGCCGCGACGUCGGCGCUCGACAGCGACGGAGGGUGCAUGCACACGCCCAGGCCCACGACGAGCUUCCAGAUCGAGCCGGCGCCGAGAUGGUCCAGCGGCGGUCGCUUCCCCGGAGCGGGCCCCUUUCCCGGAGUGGGCCCCGGAGCAACCCGCUCGGAGCAGGCGACGCCGGCACUCGUCCGGCCAUCGGGCUCGGCGAGGAAGCUAGAAAAGGCCGCGCUGAACACCAGAGCGUGGGUGCUCCAGGAGGUGUGCCUUUCUCGCCGGACCAUCCACUUCGCCCAAGAUCAGAUGUACUGGUUCUGUGCCGAGCGCGAGGCGUCCGAGGACGGCACACACGUCCACACGCCGCACUACGGGUCUCCUCGCGCUCCGCUGCUUGGGCCUCCACACUGGCUCAUGGGCCAGAGCGACCAGAUCACCCGCGGAUCCGUGUACACCAUGUGGUGGACUCUCGUCGAGGACUACUCCUCACGCGCCCUGACCCAUGCCAGCGACAAGAUGGCGGCGCUGGCCGGCCUGACCCAGUUCUUCCAAGAGAGGCUGGGCGAGGACGAGCCGGUGGCGGGAAUGUGGAAGGCCGAACUCGUCGACAGCCUCUGCUGGACUUGCGAUCCGGUCACCGAUGAAGCCAGCAGGACAUCCCCUGGUCCACCGUCGUGGUCCUGGACCUCAGUCGACGGCCCCAUCAGGCGGAACUGCUGCAGGAUGCCCAACGAACUGCCCCGUCAACGGAGCGAAAACGAGUUCGCCAUUGAGAGCGUCGACGUCGGCUGGUCCGGCCGGCCGAUGACCUCGUCCAUCCAAGGUGGGCGACUGGUCGGGCGAGGCCUGCUGGCAGAACUGGACUUCCGCCUGGAGGAGGAGCAUCUGCACCACUGCGCUUCCGCGGGAAAGACGAGCCAGAUGGGGCAGAUGAUACUCUACUUCCAAGGCGAAUCUCACGUCGUCGGCCGGUUCAGAUUCGACCGACACGCGGGCGUGUCGAGGGGCGCUGUGCGGUGCCUUGCCGUGACGCUGAAACAAGUCACGCUGAACUUUUGUCCGCCGCAAGAACCCGUCUACUUCUGGUUCCACGUUCUGAUCUUGGAGCCGACUGGUCGAGAGGAUGGUGAGUUUCGUCGCAUCGGAGCGGGCAAGGUCUGGGCAAACUCAGGCGUGUUCGACCAGGUCCAACCACAGGUCGUGCAGAUCGUCUGA